UUUGCUGUUGCCUUUGCCGGUCGCACUUGUAUCUCUCGGACACAGCUCGGACACAGCUCGGACACAGCUCGGACACAGCUCGGACACAGCUCGGACACAGCGUCCUUAGCUACCCGCUGCGCACUACGCGCUCGUUUUGCAUCCGGCGGUUUCGAACCCGGCGACCGAUCGGAUCGCUACUCUAGUUACAUCCCAUCCCUGUACCACACUUCGUCGGCGCCGUGAGGACCGUAGGGACCGUGAGACCGUGCAUCUUUGCGUCCAGGAAGGAAGGAAGCGACAGCCCUGCUCUGGCCGUCAAGUUCUACCUGUGCCGUGAAGUCGUAGUCCGAUCCGUCCAUCUGUAACUAGCCCGCAAUUCAAUCAUUAAUCAUGGUUCAACGCGCCCUCUAUGUCAGUGAGCAGAAAACGGCGGAGAAGGACAAUGACAAGGAGAUCUCCGUCUCGGACUCUACCACGCCCAAAACCGGCAGCUUCGGCUCGUUGCAGAGCCGCGCUACCAAUAUCACGUCCGAAGUGGAAGUGGGAGGGGCGUCGAAGAUUGCGGAGGUCCCGGUGGCUUCGGUAUCGGUCGCUGGUCGGAUAAUGGGUGUGAAGACGGCACCGUCGGCGACAAUUCUGGCUGUCCUGCCGGACAACGCCGCUCCCGGUAGUCCUGCACCCGGCACCACCACCACCACCACGGACGAUACCGUACCGGAACCGGCACACCGCGCGCCCACACCACCACCACCACCACCACCAGCAGCACAGCCAGCACCAGCUCCACCUCCAGCAGCACAGCCAGCACCACCACCCCAGCCCGUACCGCUCUUAGAAAUCGCCACCCACGAAAUCCUCUUGCAGCUCAACCACGGCAGAUGGACGCGCGAUGAGUCUCUAUACCACAGAGGAUCACCACCUGUAUUCUUCCACGACAGCGCAUUCGACGACCCCGCCGUGUGCAAGAUGUUCCCGGCCGAGUUUGAAAAGCUCGAGUAUGCUGGAGUCGACUACGGUGAUGGCUGUUGUUACGUUGGUAAUGCGGUGUUCAGUGAGGCUGCCUACAGCUUGGGUGGGAUGGGAGGGAUGGGAGGCCUGGCGUCGUUCGUCAAGCCGGCGGUUUUGGAUGCGAUUGCAGAGUUUAAUUCGCACUUCUGACAUCGUUCCGAUGUCGUCUCGGCCGCCAUCGUCCAUGUCCAUGUCCGCCUCCGUCGUUUGCAAAUGAUCUCUCUCUCUCUCUCUCUGUUGCUCAGAUGCCGGGUCUCUCCAACCCAACCCGGACGUUCCCACAUCCCCUCCCAUUCCUCGAUCGAAUCUUGUGCUUCAUUUCUCAUUUCCCAUUCCCAUAUCACGUCUCCAGUUCUGGGCGGGAUGGAUGCUGUUAGUGUAGUUGUCUGUCUGUCUUUCUGUUCCGGUUCCGGCUUCCUACCCUUGAGC